GUUCCCUUGCCCUAGGGGUAAUUAGUGUCCUUGGAGUUAAAUAAGCUAAUACUUAGACACCUCUGGCACAAGCAAUUAUGUUUGUGUAUUGAAUAAUUGAUUCAAAGAGGGGGGAAGGGCUGCUAAUCAGAUCUGAGCAUAAUGAAUUGAUUUAAUUAACAGGGGAAUCCGAGGGUCUCUGGAAACUGCGCGCAUUUAUUCAGUAGCAGCAGAGGCGAGCGCGGCACAUAAACUGGGAGAGAGGCGGCGUGAGUUUGCUUUCAGCAGUUGUCAGAUUUGCAAUUGGAUUUGUUUGAAUAUAGUUGCUGUUUCGGAGCAAAUGAGAACGAGAAAGAGAGAAUAUUAACAGCGAAGGAGAGCUCAGCCGUUCAGUCUGAGCGUCUGAUCCGUCCGUGUAUGCACAGUUACAGAUAGGCGACACUAGAUUUAUAUCGCUUUUCAUUGUUUUGUCUUUUUAUUCGCAUGGAAUUUAUCAAGAGCAACCAACGCUGUUUGAUCGCUCUUUAUUUGCAUUACAGUUCAGUCCGGAUAGGGGGAUCUCGCCGCGUAUCUCACCGUAUUCCGUGUAUGAAUUAUUAUUGAUAGGAGGAGGGGAAAAAAAACAAACGUGCAGACGACAAUUCAUCUUUCCAGGGUUUUGGUUUAUCGAGGCGUAGUCUAGUCAGCCGCGCGUUUCAAAGCCAUUUCCAGGAGCAGCUCCGAGCAGACCGAGCGGUGCAUCCUGCUGGAGCCGAGGACGGAUCGCCCGGGGAAGGACUCCUCGUUCCUCAGGACGAUGGUGUUGGACAAGGAAGAGGGUGUGCCAAUGCUCUCCGUCCAGCCCAAAGGGAAACAGAAGGGGUGUGCUGGCUGCAAUCGCAAGAUUAAAGACCGCUACCUGCUCAAGGCCCUGGACAAAUACUGGCAUGAGGACUGUCUCAAAUGUGCCUGCUGUGACUGCCGCCUGGGGGAGGUGGGCUCCACCCUCUAUACGAAAGCCAACCUCAUCCUCUGUCGCAGGGACUACCUGAGAAGACUUCUGUCGUGGAGUAGACUGGCUCUCUGUUGUACCAGAGCUGUAGGCUGUGAGAAACCUCCCGGCAGGCUUGUUGCUUCAUCAGUGUCUUUGGCUCUAUACCCCCCCUUCAGAUGCCCCUGCCAUCUGCUUGUUUAAUUAAACAUGACCAUUUCCUGGGCGUUAAGUCACAUUCCCAAUGAGAUCCUACCAUUUAUCUGAGAGGGAAUCCCCCAGGGGCCAACUUAGGGAUGCUGGUGCCCUAGGCCCCCCCUCUUAAAACUCCCUGUCCUGCACUGUCCUCCCCCUUUCCCUUUCUCCACUUCCUUCACUGAUACUGAUACUGAUACAUAUCGCUACCCCACACAGUUCAUUAUUCUAAUUUAAAAACAUCCAAAACAGCAGCCAUCAUUUUGUAUCACUUCUAAAAAUCCAAACCACAUAGAACCUUAAUCAACUGGGAUUUCAUCCUACCUCACUCAUGGAUCUUUAUGACAUUUUACCUACAUCUCAGCUCUUUCUCUGACCUGGAAGAAGACCGCAGCCCACUUGAGAAGCGCUUAGGGACGUUACGUUGAGAUGGGCCAUUACCAUCCAUCAGUUCCCACCCACAGUUAAUGCUUUUAAGAUGCAGUGAGAGGUCCACUAAGACCUGAUGUUGCCCCCAGAAGGGGCAGAUGGUGCAGAUGAGGUAAUAAUAAAUGGGCAAAUGACCAAGAGAAGGCAAAAAUGAUGAAGCUCAGAGUUUCACUUGGUAAAAUACAUCUGCUGAAAGGACAGCAACCCCCACCCCCAAGCCAUAAGUGCCUAACUGGCACUGUGAAGGGAGAAGGAAAAGCUUUCUCGCACAUUAGACCAGCAAGAUGUAGAGGUCAGAGACGGGAUAAAAAACUGGGAAUGACAUAUGAAAUCAAGAGUUAGGCAUACUAAAAUAAGAAUAAAAAGGAAAGAGGAGUGUGCUCCUCUGUUGCCCCGGAUUGCCUAAUGAAAUCCAUCCCACUCGCCUGCUCUUCAGCCUGCGACAAAUGCAGAACACUUAAUGGCUAGAGAUGCUUGAGAUGAAUUCUAUUAUGGAACAAAUUAAAAACCUUGCCUUGCGUGUAGAGAAGAGGCAGUUAAAGAGACCAGAGUAUUUGAAAGUAGGUGAUGCAGUCUCCAUUCGGUACCAGUUUCCUUUUCAUUCCUUCUUUUCUGUGUAGUAAGACGAAGGCUCCACUCACCUGCAGUAAUAAAGUUAAAUCUGUGCACUGAAUUAGCCUCCUGCACUUCAUUAAAGAAAAGCAGGUGGAUCAAACACACUUUGGUUAUUUCCCAGUUUGGAUCCCUGCCAUGCUCACAUUAAUUAUUAUAGGAGCUCCAUCUGUGGUUGUCCUUCAGUGGCAUUAGCAACUUAUUGAAUGCACUCACGCUUUCCUGAAUCUUACACUAACACACAAACACAAAAAUACACACAUACCUUAAACAGUAUUCCCUCUGCCCUCCAAACCAUUGCACCAACAAAAAGUUCAGUUUCUAAUAUCCCUGACGUUCACUUUCCGGUAUCAAGGGAGUGUUUUUUAUCAACUUGGCCACACUUUUUCAUUAGAAAUGAGAAUAAUAGAUUAAUUAGGCGUUAAGUUUAUGUCUGGGGCCCAUGAUCGCAUGACUUCACCAGAGGGUUGACAAUCUAGUCAUGGUGUGAUCAUCAGGACUUGAAGCCUGAAAUCAUUUAAUCCUCUAUUUCAUAUAUUAGAGCGGACAUAAUAGUCACCCACUUAUCAAAAUGGGGUAUAAUUAACUGUAAGAGGAAAACGGUUUCAAGAUAAUGAACAUCCAUAAGUUAUCCACGAACCGGUGAAAUAGCAGGGGGAAGAUGAUAGCUCCAUCUGGAUGUGACUAGUUUUCAAAUCUUCUUCGUUGUCUUCUCCUUACUACUUUAGUAAGUAAAGCAAUUGCUCUUCCUCUCUGGGCAAGAUAAAUCUGAACAGAAAGGUUUACACUUUCAAAAAGACGCAACUGUUGGAGAGGGUCAGAACAUGCGAUGCAUGCAUUAACAGCUUUCCCUUUUAUGAAAUCUGACUUACUUCGAGCAGGCUGGGAAGUCUCACAGAGCUCAAAGAACAGGUAAAAAACUUCAAGAGCCACAGCCCAAUCUGAGGGAAGCGACACAGAGAGGCAGAUGAUGCACUGUAGGAGCUUUAAGGGUUUGAAGUUAGCAAAGCAGCAAUUGAAAGACCUAAAGAAGGCCCUCUUUUUUCUAAAGAGUGAUUGUAAUAACUCAAUAACAGAGAGAGGAGAGCCCAGCUUCUUUGCAUUCCUGCUAUACAACUCUGCUACCAACAACCCACAUCAGCACAGAAUGAUAAAUUUUUUGUGAUUUAAAUACGAGCUCUUUUAAGGAGUACGGAGUAUGGCAGUUCUCCUUUAAAUGUUGACGUACUAUGAAUAGUAUUUUAAUAUAUAUUUCAUGAACGUACUGACCUCCAAUGGUCAGUUAUGUUAGACUUGCCAGAUAUUUAAUUAUUAAGUCUGUCAUCCCUCUGUCUCCAAUUUGAAGCUUUAGUAAAUGGAUUAAUACUAUCAUUAGUGCAGCUUAGAUCAUAUUAUAUACUUAUUAUAUUAAUAGUUGCAUUUUCAUUUUAAGUUCUUUUCAACAAAGUAUGAAUCAUUAAUUUUGGUAGCUCAUUUGAACGUCUGUAAAUAAUCAAUAAGACUUUUCAUGUCAGCUCUUUACAUCCUGUGCCGAACAAUUGUAAGAAGCAUUAGGCAGCAAUAUAUGUUGUCAUAUAAUGCAGCAGUUUCUGAAGUAAAUACUGCUAUCACUAACUAACUCUUAGAGCUGAAACAGUUUGUCAAUUAAUCAAUUAGCUGAUCAACACAAAAUUAAAUUAUGAUGAUCAAUUAAUAGUUUUAAGUCAUAUUUCCAGCAAAAAUAUUUUCUAAUUUUAGCCUCUCAAAUAUAAGAAUUUGCUGCUUUGCUUUGUCAUGUAUGAUAGUAAACUGAAUGUCAUGGACUGUUGGUCAAAUAAGACAUGACAUGACAUCAGAUGUUGUCACCUUGGGGUGGGGAAAUUACAUUUUUACUAUACUACUUUAGUUACCAUGUUGCAGCCCUUCUAAAUAUAAUUUACUAUAAAAAGGGUCAUAUAAUAUCUGAACAAAGAUGAUGAAUUUUGACAUGAAUUCUAAAAAUAAAUAGCUAGCCUGCUUUCACUUUACACUGGAUUAUGCCGUUCAGAAAUCCUUGCCAGAAUGUCUCACAGGUUGUGGGGAGCAAUCUAAAUCAGCACUUCUAACCUUCUAAUCCAUUUAAAUGAACCACAGAAGUGCCCAUUUUAAAAGAUGACUUUUGUGCUUCAAACCCUGUUGCAAUGCUGAUGAUUGAUCAACAAAACCUGACAGGCUCAGUUUACUACGAGCAGCUCUGAACAAGACUCUCAUAUUUUCCAGAAACUCACCAUUCACACUAUUCAAAUAGAAAUGCUAAAAAACU